AUGCCCCAGGAUUUACAGAGCAUGAGGACCCAGCUUGCCCAGAAGAAGUUCAAGGCCAAACACCGAUUUUGUGUGACUCCUGUGAUUCCUAUGAGGAUGACCAGUUCCAUCUUCCCACAUCCUGUGACUAGAAUAACUUCCCACCCGAAGAAUAUUAUCAAAUACAGGAAGAGGCUUGAAGAGAAUUUGGAGAAACCCAGGCAGCUGUGUCCAUUCAGGAGACUGCAGGAAUAUCUACUUGAAGACACUAAAUGGGGAAUACAGGCUGAAGCCAAAGUUCCAAGUGGUGUUAAUAAUCAGCACACUUCCCAACACUUCACCUCCAUCCCACCACUGAGUUCAGAAAAGAUGGUACAAGUUCAGCUGUCGCCAUCUUCCUUUAGUCAAGGGGUAACAUUGCCAGUCACUCUUCCGCCAUUGCCAUCUUUGAACAGUCAAGUGGUAACUACUACAGACAUCCAAAGACAGGCCCAGAAGGUAGAUACAGCCCGGGAGAGACUGGCUUCGCUCUUGGAGGCAGACAGGCUUGCCAGGCAGGCCGAGAAUAUGGCAGAACAGUGA